AUGGAUUCUUCUUCUUCGACAAAGUCUAAAACCAAAUUGUCUGAGAGAUAUCAAACCAGUUUCAAGAAAGCAUCCUUCUCUUCCACUAUUCCAGCUUCAAAAAAGAACAUGAAUAUUUCUAUGAGAGAACAGACAAUGCUCAACAAAGCCUACGAGCUCUCGACUCUAUGCGACAUCCAAGCCUGCGUCAUCUAUUACGGUCGCGACGGAGAACUCAUCAAGACAUGGCCCGAGGAUCAAUCCAAGGUCAGAGCCAUGGCCGAGAAGUUUCACAAACUAAGCCACAAUGAAAAACGCAAGAAAAGCACCAACCUUUCUCAAUUUCUCAACAAGAAGCUCAACGACGAGAAGAAGAGAUCUCUCGAUCAAAACGACAACAAAUUCUCAGAUAAAGUCUUAGCGAUUGAGCAUUCGUUGGAGACUCGUUUACGGAUAUUCCAAGACAAGCUUCGGCUUCUUCAGACCAAGCCAAACCAAAGCCUUGCGGUUUUAUCCGAUUGUGGUUCAUCCUCAAGUACCGUGCAAAAUCACAACUUUAUGGAUUCUUCUGUCUUCUUCUCAUCGGAUAUAUCUCCUAAUCCACUUCUCAUCAAUGAACCACCUAUGAUGAAUUUAUCAACUCCACUGAUUAACGAUCAGAGCCUUGCGGCUAAUUCAUCCGGCUUCACAACACAUUUAUCUCCGUCGCUAAUUGAAGAUCCUCAUCAUCAAUCAUUAACAACGAAUCAUCAGAGCAGGUUUUCAACCUUUCUCUAUAACCAUGACAACAACAGCUUCUACCAACUCGGUGACUCUGUUUCAAGGUUUGACCAAGCGACGGCUCCUCUGAGUAUGGAUUUACUUGGGCCACAAGGAUUUAAUAGCAACAACAUGGUGAUUCCUCCUCAGAUGCAGACACUAAACCCACUUUUCCACUACGAUCAGUUCGGAGGGUGGAAUCAAACACCAUCUUUUGGAGUCCAAUGA